AUGAGACAGUGGCUCGUGUCGGUCGUCUUCACCGCGGCUCUCUUGUUCGAGUACAACGCUCUGUCGCUGGCGUUACCGGCGGGUAAAACUGAAGACGGCUCCAUGGAGCAGGACGUCUUCACCUCGCUGCUGAGCAACGAGGUGGCGGAAAACAACCUGGCCGACGCAGAUCUGACAAAAGCCCGAACUUCGAGGGUGAUCGUGGUCGCCGCCGAUCCCAGCGUUUGGAGGGACCUGAGGGUUCAGAACGGACUGUCCAUCUACAAGAGAAGAGCCGACGACAGCAGCCAGCAGCCGAACAUCCCCAUCCUGAGGAGGGACACCAUGAGGUGCAUGGUGGGGCGCGUCUACCGACCCUGCUGGGAGGUCUAG